AUGGGCAACUGUAGCAGUGGCAGUGGCAGUGUUCGGGAGCUGAGCAGCAAGGAGAAGAAUGACAUCAGAGAGUCGUGGGCGGAGUUCAACGAGGGCAAUGUACUGGACAAUAUAGCUCACCUCUACUACAAAUUGUUCGGUGAUCACCCAGAAGCAAAACAAUUGUUCAAGUUUUCGAAGGAUAAAGAUUUGUCCAACGAAGAAAUGCUGAAGAACAAACAGUUCCGUGGUCAUCUGGAAAGCCUGGUUGCCGUCCUCGGAAGUGCGGUCAACGAGCUUGAUGACCUCACAGAGGUUGGGAAAGACCUCCAGCACCUUGGGGGAAAACAUUAUAACUACGGGAUCACCAUGAAACAAUAUUCGCACGUAGGCCAGAGUCUCCUGUACGCCCUUCAGACGAAGCUUCAGGGCAACUUCACCCCUGAUCGGAAGAAAGCCUGGGUGGCAUUGUACGCCGUCGUCGAAGUUGCUAUGAAGUCGGGCAUGGAGGAAGCGAGUAAAAAGAAGUCCGAGUCUCAGUCGCAGGAACAGACAGCGUGA